UCAGACUUCGGCUUCAACUUCCCCAGACCCACCCCUUCUUCUGGUCUGGGUAGGUGGGUGGGGGGAGAUACGGAAGUGGAAGUGUUGGUUUGUGGGGGAGGGGAAGGAGCAGCUCGAGUUUAAGAGCUAAGAAACCCUCGGCAUCGCAGAUUUCCAGGUGCCUGGGGCUCCCGCGGCUCCCAGCCCCUUCUCGGCCUCAGGGUGCUCCUGGCUGAGGGGUGGGAGGUUGAAGGGUGAGAGGGACCCUGGGUCUCCAAAUUCCAAGGACGCCCGCCCAUUUUGCAUAUGAAUGAUUCAUUUUGCUUGGAGCUGGUGGGCAGGGGGUCGCCUUAAAAAGCUUCGGACCCCGCCCCCGACUCCCAGACUAGCUCCUGGCUCCCGGGAUUGCAUUCUCUGGUUUUCCUGGGAAGGAAGGAGCUGGAGUGCACAGCCGCCCUCCUGGGUUUCAGUACCAGGUCUGCCUUUAGCCCACGCCCGCACCUGCUCGCCCACAUCCAUCCCUGGACCGGUACUCCGGAACCCCCAGGUCUGCUAUCGCGGCGACCCUGCCGGCCACGCCACGCUGUCCGUCGGACCUUGGACGGCAUUCCACUCCGCGGGACGGACUGGGUCCCGGUCUUCGCUACUCUACACUCUGUGGCUCUCGGAGAUUCACCCGCCCAACUUCUCCAGGUCUCGCCAGCAUGACACAGAACCAUGAGGGCAGAAGUCCCUCUGACCCCCAGCGGCCCUUGGAUUCCUCCAAGUUGCCCUUCUCCAUCGACUCUAUCUUGUCCAAGGCCAACCCUCAGCCACGGGAACCCGCUCGAGUUUCGGGGGUCUUUGGCUUGGCGCUCCGAGAACCCCUGACCUCCCCGUUCACCCCGAACUGGCGAGUGACCUGCGAUUAUUCUGUGGGUUGGGUGUCCUCCUUUCCCAAUCUUUAUGUGUACCAGCCUUCUCCUAAGACCUUGCUGUCGGCGAUCCGCGUCCCACACCCUGCCGGUGUCUUUCCUGACGUCGCCUGCCCUGUCAAAGGCCAGGAGCUGGUGGAGCACUCAGCCCUGCAAGGACCUGUGACCUGGGGCCAGACUGACUAUCUGAACAAGGUAAAUGCAGUCCCCAAGUCAAGCCGGAAGAGGAGCCGAACAGUGUUCAGCUCUGAGCAGCUGGAAGAACUGGAGAAGGCCUUCCUGAAGCAGCCGUACCUGGUGGGGAUGGAGAGGACCCAAUUAGCCAGGCAGCUGCAUCUCUCAGAGACCCAGGUGAAAGUGUGGUUUCAGAACCGCAGGAUCAAGGGGAGGAAGCAAAGCCUGGCACAGAAGAAACAAAAGCUGCCCAGCCCAGCCAAGGGGUCCUUCUCCCCGCCCAUGUCGCCCCAGGAGCCCAGUAGCAGCAGCGGAGAAGACAGCAAUGACAAUGAUAAAACUGAGGCCCUGUCACACGAGGCAGCGGGGGAAGUGGAAGAGCCAGGAUUUCCAACAUGCCAGCUGUCCACCCCCAUCCAUGAGUGGCCCCUGCUAGUAGUCAUACUCUCCACUCCAGCUUGAUGUCUGCCAAAAGAUUUGUGGAGAAAGGAAUAAAAAUGCCUGGAUUCAGGUCCAUUCUACUCUACAUUCAUACUCUGGUCUUCCAUCCUGCCCAAUCAUCCUUUUAGUUAUUCUUUUUUUUUUUUUAGGCAAUUGGGAUUAAGUGACUUGCCCAGGG